AUGGCAAAUGCAAAAGCAGCAAAACCAAACUUACCCGAGUCGAACAUCGCUAUUGGUAUUGACUUAGGUACGACAUAUUCCUGUGUAGGUGUAUGGAGAAAUGAAAAUGUAGAUAUUAUUGCAAAUGAUCAAGGAAACAGAACUACUCCAUCGUACGUUGCGUUCACAGAUACCGAAAGAUUAAUUGGAGAUGCUGCAAAAAAUCAAGUAGCAAGAAAUCCAGAAAACACGGUUUUUGAUGCAAAAAGAUUAAUUGGAAGGAAAUUUACCGAAUCAUCAGUCCAAAGUGAUAUGAAACAUUGGCCAUUUACUGUAAAAUCAGGAGUUGAUGAAAAGCCAAUGAUUGAAGUUAGCUAUCAAGGAGAAAAGAAAUUAUUUCACCCAGAAGAAAUUUCCUCUAUGGUUUUGCAAAAAAUGAAAGAAAAUGCUGAAGCCUUUUUAGGAAAAUCAAUUAAGAAUGCAGUUAUCACAGUUCCUGCAUAUUUUAAUGAUUCUCAAAGACAAGCAACAAAAGAUGCAGGAACCAUUGCUGGUUUGAAUGUCAUGAGAAUUAUUAACGAACCAACUGCAGCAGCUAUAGCAUAUGGAUUACACAAGAAAGGAAAAGGAGAAAAGAAUAUUUUAAUUUUCGAUUUAGGAGGAGGUACAUUUGAUGUUUCUCUACUAACUAUUGAAGAUGGUAUUUUUGAAGUGAAAGCAACUGCUGGAGAUACACACCUAGGGGGUGAAGAUUUUGACAACAGAUUAGUAAACUUUUGUGUUGAAGAUUUUAAAAGAAAAAAUAGAGGAAAAGACUUAUCAAAAAAUAGCAGAGCUUUGAGAAGAUUAAGAACUCAAUGUGAAAGAGCUAAGAGAACAUUAUCCUCUUCUACACAAGCAACCAUCGAAAUUGAUUCCUUAUUUGAAGGUAUUGAUUAUAGCGUAACAGUAAGUAGAGCAAGAUUUGAAGAAUUAUGUAUUGAUUAUUUCCGUGAUACACUCAUCCCAGUGGAAAAGGUGUUAAAAGAUGCCAUGAUGGAUAAGAAAAGUGUACACGAAGUUGUUCUAGUUGGAGGUUCAACAAGAAUUCCAAAAAUACAAACACUUAUUAAAGAAUUUUUUAAUGGAAAGGAAGCUUGUAGAUCCAUCAACCCAGAUGAAGCUGUUGCAUAUGGUGCAGCUGUUCAAGCAGCUAUAUUAUCUGGUGAUCAAUCCACUGCAGUGCAAGAUUUAUUACUGUUAGACGUAUGUUCAUUAUCCUUAGGUUUAGAAACAGCAGGUGGUGUUAUGACCAAAUUGAUAGAAAGAAAUACCACUAUCCCAGCAAAGAAGAGUCAAAUUUUUACUACCUAUGCUGAUAAUCAACCAGGUGUCUUAAUCCAAGUAUACGAAGGAGAAAGAGCUCUAACAAAGGAUAAUAAUUUAUUAGGUAAAUUUCACUUAGAUGGUAUUCCACCUGCACCAAGAAAAGUUCCACAAAUUGAAGUUACUUUCGAUAUUGAUGCUAAUGGUAUAUUAAACGUUACAGCUGUUGAAAAAUCUACGGGAAAACAAAAUCAUAUUACCAUUACCAAUGAUAAAGGAAGAUUAUCACCUGAAGAAAUUGAUCGUAUGGUUAAUGAUGCUGAAAAAUAUAAAGCAGAAGAUGAAGAGAACAAGAAAAGAAUUGAGGCAAGAAAUAGUCUUGAAAAUUAUUGUUAUGGUGUUAAAAGUUCAUUAGAGGACCAAAAAAUAAAGGAAAAAUUACAAGCAUCAGAAAUAGAAACAUGCAUGAAAUCUAUUACUACUAUCUUAGAAUGGUUAGAGAAAAACCAACUAGCUAGUAAGGAGGAAUAUGAAUCCAAACAGAAAGAAGCUGAAUCUGUUUGUGCUCCAAUCAUGUCCAAGAUUUAUCAAGAUGUUGGAGGUGCAGCAGGAGGAAUGCCAGGUGGAAUGCCAGGUGGAAUGCCAGGUGGAAUGCCCGGAGGAAUGCCAGGAGGAAUGCCCGGUGGAGGAAUGCCAGGUGGAAUGAAUUUCCCCGGUGGAAUGCCAGGAGCAGGAAUGCCCGGAAGUGCACCCGGAGGUAGUGGGCCAACUGUGGAGGAAGUUGACUGA